AUGGACGGUGUGAAUUUGCGAACAAGAUGGGUAGAUGCUGCGGAUGUGGUGGUUGCGGAUGUGGUAGCCGUGGCUGUGGUUGCGGUGGCUGUUGCGGCUGCGGUGGCUGUGGCUGUGGCGGCUGUGGCAGCGGCGGAUGCAAUUACUGCUGUAGAGGCGGCUGUGGUCGCAGGCGUUGCUGCUGCUAAACAGGUGGAUCCAUUGGAGUUGUAUAAAUAA